UGAUAGUUUCUGAUGUGCUGGCUGAGGUUGUCAUUAGAUUCUUAGUCUGCCUGUGUGCAUUGUUCCCAAGUGUAGCACAGUGGCAAGUACUGAACCAACUAUUGUGGAAAUAUUUUGGGCCAGUGACACUAGGACGAGCAGCAAAAAGUAAAGUUCAGCAACAUGUCUCUCCCGAUGAAUUCUUCACCCAAGAGAAAUGACAGACCCAUCAUCGGUAUCUUGGCUCAAGAAGUUACUGAUCCUAAACCAAACAAGACAUCUCACAUUUUAGCAACUCAUGUGAAAUUCCUGGAGACCGGAGGGGCAAGGGUUGUCCCUAUCAAGAUACACCAGUCUGUGGAGGAGUACACGAGACUGUUCAACUCCAUUAAUGGGGUCUAUUUCCCAGGUGGACGUGUAAACUGCACCUCAUCUGCUUAUGCAAGGUCUGCAAAGAUCUUUUAUGACCUUGCUAUUGAGGCGAACAAGAAAGGCGACUACUUUCCUGUGUGGGGCACGUGUCUAGGAUUAAAUAUGGUGUCUAUUUUGACAUGUGGAGAAGACUUUUUCUCAGGGACCAACACAUUCGGUGUAUUAUUGCCUCUGACCUUCACUGAUGAUGCUAAAGACAGCCGUAUGUUCAGCCGAUUCCCAGAUGAAAUCAUCAAAGAUCUGACUAAUGAGCCGCUGUCACAACACAACCACCAGUUGAGUCUGCCAUUAUCUAGCUUCAACUCGAAUGAGAAACUGAAGAAGUUCUACAAAGUUCUUAACACGAAUACGGACGGAGAAGUUGAGUUUGUGUCCACAGUGGAAGCGUAUGAUUACCCAAUUUAUGCGGUUCAGUGGCACCCAGAAAAAAAUGCAUUUGAAUGGUCAAAGCCUGCUGUUGCACACUGUCCAUCAGCAGUCAGGACCACGUUCCACAUGGCAGAGUUCUUUGUUGGUGAAGCCAGGAAGAACUUCCACAGAUUUGAAUCAGAGGAGGAGGAGAGGAAAGCGCUGAUAUACAACUACUCUCCUGUUUACACUGCGCCCGUGUGUCGCAUUGAGCAAAUUUAUUUUUUCGGCUAAUAUGCCACAAACAUUACAAUUUUAAUAUUGCAGUGAAACAGUGUUAGAUGUUCAGCUGCCUUUAAGCGGCCAAAAAAUAAUCCACAAUAAAAAAAGAUGAUUCAAAAUCAUUUGA